AGUCAAUCCUCUUUGAGUCCUGUAAUCUCUGAUACAAUUGUUUUACGGCUUUACACCGCGUCUUUCUGCAGAUACCAAGAUAUUUACUUCUAUUUACCCUAGUGCUUGCAAUUGAAAUUCAAUAAAAUACAAAAAUGGCAUCCCUGGCAAAGCCAAAGUCUGAAAUGACGCCUGAAGAAUUGGCUAAACGAGAAGAGGAGGAAUUCAACACAGGUCCACUAUCAGUUCUCACUCAGUCAGUGAAAAAUAAUACACAGGUGUUGAUAAACUGUCGAAACAAUAAGAAACUCCUCGGACGUGUCAAGGCAUUUGACAGACAUUGCAAUAUGGUCUUAGAAAACGUCAAGGAGAUGUGGACCGAGCUCCCAAGAACAGGAAAGGGAAAGAAAAAGGCGAAACCAGUGAAUAAAGAUCGAUUUAUAUCCAAAAUGUUUCUCCGUGGUGAUUCCGUCAUAUUAGUCCUCAGGAAUCCACUGGCCACUGCCUCAGGAAAAUGAUGUGACACUUUCCAAAAAUUUCUCGAAUAUUGUACAACUAAAUUUAAUAAAAUUUCAUAAUUUAAGCCGAAAAA